CCUGAAGGGACCUUUGACAUCCUGCCUGGGAAAUUAAAUAGCGGACUUAUGUUUUAUUUUUUAUCGUAUUGUCUUGAAAAUCAUCUCAAUUGUUCCACCCUUUUCCCACGGACUUGCGCUAUCGACAGUUAACCUCCCACUACCUGCACUGCACUACUCUGAGCUCGACUGGCUUAUGUUUUCUUCAUAGCCAUGGCGGCGCAGGCAGCUCUGAUUGCAGAUACAAUUAUUGGAAUGAAGAGGGCCUUGUCAAGAGAGAAUGAUUAUUCUGGUCCAGAUGAACCCGUCACGCAGCCCACAAACCGAGGAAAUAAAUUGCGGACAAAUGCGAGCCACGUUCGUGAAGGUGCGCUAGGGUAUAUUAAUUCAGAAGGGCUUUAUAAGCAGAAAAUUGAACAUGCUGGCUAUACACGUUAUAUCCUUCAGCGUAAUCCCGUGCGCUACGAUUCAGAAGGCGAUGAACUCGACGAGGAUGACGAAGAUACUGAAGCAGAUGCAGUAGCAGCGGAGGACAAUCCAUUCUCCGAGGUUGCCCUUGAAAAUCUCCUGUGCCCUCUCAAGCAUCCCUCAGAGCUCCCGAUCCAUCCUUCAAUGUCACACCCGUAUACGUCCAAAGCACUCAAAGAGAUGAUGCGUGCCAUAGAGGCCAAGCUUCAUCAAGAAAGAGCCCUUCUAUGGCGUGCGAGGAACCUCCAUAGACGUUUUCUAGGCGAUAGUUGUUAUAUGCCCUGUGGACUUGUUGAGACACCUGAAGAUCGAUGGAAUUUUGCGCCCCUGGUGGACCCUGGACAGAAUUCCCAGAAUAUUCGAGACGAACGGAAUGAUAUGGGAGCAUCGGUUCUGACUAAUGUAUCCGGGGAGCAAGGAAACGGGGCUCAUGGUCCACUCUCAGAUACAGGCUCCCCCAAACAGUCACAUGGAGUACAAGAAGAAGCCGGCCGUGUGCCCCAAACGGACAGGAUCGAUGCCGAGAUGACAAAUGCUGUUGCAAACGGCAAUGAAGAUAUGAAAAGUAACGAAACCGAGGAACACAAAGGAAAGCUGAAGUCUGAAGAAGUCGAUGCAGCUGUCGCAGACCUUCCACAUCAUGCAGAAGCUAAGGAUUCUAGUUCCGAAACGCCUUCGAACGAUGGCGAUAACCCAGCAAAAACUUCCGCCGACAAGGCUCGGUCAGACGAACAACUCGUUAGCAGUGGUAACGAGAAGCAUGAUGCUAAUAACGUGGGGGGUGCCAACAUGGAAGCCGCCAAGCCACAUGAAGAGGAGACAGACGGAGGCGUAGAAAUGACGGAUGAGAUUUCUCCAGAGCCCCUCCGAAGGAUGACUACCCGUGCGCAAACAAAUGCUGCCAACCCGCUUCGAGGAAACGAACCUGCCAACGAUUCACCAUCACCAUCUACUGAGACUGUCAGUACAAUUCCCACGCCACACCCCCUGUUCCUCGUUUCUGAUACAAUCCUUCCUGACCCCAACUUUGGUCUACCACCAAACGAGGCUGAAGACACUCGACGACUACUGUGGUCUUAUAUUCAGAAGCAGGAAGAGACGGUGCGAGGGUUUGAACAUAUGCUGGAAUGUUUACUUCGGGCCUGUCGGAUGAAGGGCGAGGUAUGGGAGUGGUGCAAGGCUGAGGGGCACGUCGGCGAGAUGAGCGAUGGCGAGGACUGGUAUGAUCCUGAGAGAUGGGGCCUUGCCCCCGGCGAGGAACUCAAGAAAGGUGCAGACGAGGAUGAGAUCGAGGCUGUCGACGAAGGCAGGUCAUCUGGAAAACGUGGAAGAAGGAGGCAAUAA